GCUUAUUUGAGCGCCAUCAGUCGCUCCUCUCGUUUGGCUUCGUCCUCCACUCCUUUUUGGUUACGUCAAUUCGCUCUAUUCGAGCGUCCCUAAUCACAGGCCAAGAAUCGCCAGGUAUUUUAUCCAUUGUUCACUUGUGCACACGACAGGACUCAGAUUAGAUCAUGGAAAUGUUAUGUAAUGAAUGAAAACAGUGAUAACAUCUUAACCAAUUACCAAUUUUAAUAAUGGCGAUCUUCCUUCAUUCUCAUCGUGUCUUUCCGUAAUCUUCCGUAAACAUUCGUGCUUCCUCCACUGAUUUAUAACCUCGAAGAUCGUAUGUACGUCACAUAUUGUUUUGUCAAGUUGGUAUCUUUUGCGCUUCUCAAUUUUACGUUAUAAUGUGCACUAUUAAUCGCACGCCCGCUGUAAUCUAAUUUAAAGAUGGUCUGUGCAUUUAUAUCAAAUCCAGAUAGAGGGGUUAGAAUACGACAGAAGGAAAGGUCAAAUUUCCAAUGAUAUUUCUGUAAAGUUUAGGAAUUUUUUAACCGUUUUGUUACGAAGACAUGUGCUUAUAAAUUUUGACAAUUUUAUACGGCAAAUAUACGCCUCAAUGCUAAACAAAACUAGUGCCGUUAUUUAACUAUUCCAAAAUUGUGAUAUGUCAAAACUAGAGCAACGAAUGAAACGAAUGAAACACUGACCAAUCGAUGCAAUGAACAUUUCGGAAAAUGCCGAUGAAAGCUCAAAUUUAUUAACUUUAUUGCAUAAUAAUGAAAUUCAAGUUUUCAUUCGGCUAAUCCGACAAGAUGGGAAUUACAGUUUUACUCGAGGAGCAGCCUGACAACCUUGCAUGUAUCAGCUUACGCGUAUCGCGCAUGCGCAGAAUCUGUACCAUUUUUUGUCGUUAAAUAAAGCAGAGGAUGCAACAAAAUUAUUUAUAUAUUUGAGAAACAAAUUAAUAUUAGAAUAGGGUGUAAUUCUUGUAACACUGAAUAAAAGGUAGAAAUUACGUCGAGGCUGCUCGAUCAUCCUUCAAGCAUUGAGGUUAGGUACACGUAACAGCCGGCAGAUCAGCGACAAGGUUUGCGACGUUGCCGCGCUGUUGCACUUUCAGGAGCGGAACAGCGGAACAGCGGAACGACCGAGCAGCCGACGGCUGGCUUUAUUAGGCUGAAUCCUCUGACUCCUUGCAAGCGGCCGGAUUCAUUGGGUGGAAAAGAAGUCUCUUGGUAAUGUCAUCGAUUAUCAAUGGCAUCGUGGGAGACGCUGCCACGAGGAGAAUGAUAGUGGGAGUAAAAUAGUGCGUGUCAAUUGCAACAGUGACUAGUUAGGAGAAGUGGAGGAACCUUGGAAUCGGAGUAAACGUUGCAUAAGCAUUUCAAAUUAACGUCGACCAUUUGAAGACGCCAAGGAAGAAAAACACGUGGAUCGUAUUAUAUCCUGACAUUCGAAAUCAACAGUUACUUUAAGGAUCUAUGGAUUUAAAUCUAGACAGAACCUGUACGAUCAGGAAGAAUUUGAGGGAUCUUUAUACCACGAUGUCUUUAAUGCUUCUCGUGAUUCUGUGUGGGACGUUGGUCGGUAUUGACGCGUCGGAUCAGAAAUGCAGAUUUAUGGAACCCAAUGUCACGAGCUCACUAGAAUAUGUUUGUAUAGAGGCUGAUAUUUCAAAUCUUGAGGUGUUGCCUAGUAAUGUCGAAUUUAUUGAAUUUUCAGUCUCACGGUUUGAAAUUAUUUCCCCAGAUACUUUCAGUAGGUUUUCUCGUCUGAAAAAAUUGAAUUUUUAUAAUUGCGAUAUACAAUAUAUAGAUCCUGCUGCGUUUCGAGGACUGAACAAUCUUGAGUUUCUGGUUAUUUACAAUUCGAACAUCGGCGUGGUACAUGCUUCUUCGUUUCAAUAUUUGCCUAAUCUCCGUAAUCUUGCUCUUAAGAGGACCAAGAUUGUUUACGUGAUGCCUGGGGCAUUCUCUGGUCUUAUCAAACUCACGACCCUGAACUUGCAUGAUAAUGACCUAAAUUGUUUACCAAUCGAUCUUUUCUCCGAUCUUCCUAGCCUGAAGAGUGUUCAGAUUGAUAGCAAUCCUUGGCUCUGUAGUUGCCUGGAGGAUCUAGAAAGUUUUUUUAAGAAAAAAGACAUAAAUAUGAUAUACGAAAAACCUUCUUCGAGCCACAGAAACGAAUGCAUGACGGAAGUGAAAUUGAAGAAUCAUGGAAAGUUUUUUCCGGGUAAUCAGUCAGAGCCUGGAACUAUCAUUGCAAGUUCAGGAGACGUUGGUAACAGUCUCUCAUUUUUAUUUAGUUUGGAAGAUGACAUACGAUGGAUAAGUGCAAGUGCUAUCAGUGUCAAGCGGAUACCACCUUACACUUUCUUCCGUUUUGGCAGCAGCCUGCGCAGUCUCGAGUUUCGGAAUUGUAAUAUCACUGAAAUCGAAGAUGGUGCCUUUGCAGGAUUGGCCAAACUCAAACGACUCGUAUUGGUUGGUAAUUACAUUAACGUUACAAAAGCCAAUUGGUUUUACGAUUUGGUUAAUUUAGAAACUUUGAUCCUCGAUUCCAAUCAGAUAGUAAAUAUUGAAAAUGGCAGCUUUUCAUCACUUGGCAAGUUACGUCAUCUCAGUCUUAUUAAUACUAAAUUGCAAUGUUUAUCGAAAGACGAGCUUAAUAAAUUGGUAAACCUGCAAACAUUAAACGUGACUUCCAAAACCUGGGAUUGUGAGUGUCGAACCGACUUGAAUAAUUAUCUGAUGGAUCGCAGGAUCAGAUACAAAAUUAAUAACUUCGGUUGUCCCUUAAGACCAUUGGCAACAAACGAGAUUGGAGAACUGAGAAAGAUUACAAAACGGCAUCAGACUCAUGAGAUUCACAAGGAGACAGUGAGGAAUACAUCUGUGGUAUUUAGAAAUGGAUCAGUGUCAAAAACAACAACAGCAGUACAGACCAUACAGGAGACCCCCCGACUGGACUUUGAUGAUGAAGUCCUAGUAGGAAAUGAUUGUUGCACUUCCUGCCGCCAGGUGAACCAUGAUCGUUUUACAAUCGCAUACGCAUGUAACAGGGCAACCUUGGAGCAGACGAACGGAAUUCCAAGCUCGAUCGAUGCUCUUGAAUUUCAUUCAUCGUAUAUACCAAUAAUAACAAGAAGGUCAUUUGCCAGAUUUGGGAAAAACUUGAAGAUGCUGAAGUUCUGGAAUUGUCAAACAGAAAACAUCGAACGUGAUGCAUUCUUGGAUUUGGUUGCACUGGAGACUCUGAUUAUACAAGAUAAUAAUUUGAAGAGCGUCGAAGAAAUGUGGUUCUAUAAUCUAAGAAAUCUGAAACACUUGGACUUGAGCGGAAAUAAAAUUACGGAAAUCGAAGAUGGCGUCUUUAGUCUUAUACCAAAUUUAGUAACACUUAAGAUUGGGAACAAUCCCAUGACUUGCAUCAAUGUGGAUUCCCUGGAAGGACUGCGUCAUCUGGAGUUCAUGAGUAUAGCUCAUAAUCCUUGGACGUGUCACUGUAAAUUGAGGCUGGUCCAGUAUCUGGAAGACCGUCGUAUUUCCUACGAGAAUGAUGCAGAUCAAUCUACGUGUUACCAUUCUACUACAAGAGCUACACCAAGUGGUACAGCUGGGCCACCAACACCAGGUUACGACCCGACGGGCCCUCCUGUGCCAAACCAAUGUGAAAAAGUCUCAAGGAAAGGAGAAUGCACCUUUGAAGAGGGUCCGGAACCAUGUCGAAUCAUUAAGUACAAAUGCGCCUACGGUAAUCUCUUUGUACUUGACCAAAUUCCUGCUAACGCGGAAUCCAUUGAGCUUACCGAUGUUUGCAUUCACAAUCUACCGCCUCGUGCUUUCGCGAAAUUCCAUAACCUCGCUAAGCUAGUAAUUCGUAACUCCAGAAUCCACGUGGUCGAGCCCGGAGCUUUCGAUGGUCUCAUCAACCUCAAGGAACUGGCGAUUCACAACAGUCAUCUGAAGAUCAUAGAGUCCUCCUGGUACCACGGCCGUCUGGAUAGUCUGACGAGGCUGUCUUUGACUGGAAACAAAAUCACGAAAAUCGAAGAUGGCGUCUUUUCGCUUUUACCGAAUUUACUGACAUUCCAUAUCGAUGACAACAGCAUGACUUACAUCAAUUUGCAUUUGCUUGACAGAUGGCGUUAUCUUCAGUCUAUGCGUAUAGCUAAAAAUCCUUGGACGUGUCCCGUAAUGUUAGAGCUGAUCCGGUAUCUAGAACAGCGUAAGAUUUCCUACGAUGAAGACAAAGUAGAUGAAUCUCAAUGUUGGUCUACUAUUACAGCAGCUCCGCCGACUGUUCCGACUGAUUCGGAAUUUUCACGCUGCAACGAAACGACGAAUCUUGUUUCAAAUCACUGUAUACAAGUCUCAAGGAAAGGAGAAUGCUCCAAGUACCAGGUUUCGGAACCAGAUCAAGUCAUUAAGCACAGAUGCACCUACGGUAACUUGGCUGUACUCGACCAAAUUCCAAGUGACGCGAAAUACAUUGAGCUUGAUGAUGUCUGCAUUCACCAUUUACCGCGGUGUGCUUUCUCGAGAUUCCAUAACCUCGUUAAGCUAGUAAUUCGUAACUGCAGACUCCACGUGGUCGAGCCCGGAGCUUUCGAUGGUCUCUUCAAACUCCAGGAACUGACGAUUCACAACAGUCAUCUGAAGAUCAUAGAGCCCUCCUGGUUCCACGGCCGUCUGGAUAGUCUGAGAAAGCUGUCCUUGACUGGAAACAAAAUCACGAAAAUCGAAAAUCGCGUCUUUUCGCUUUUACCGAAUUUACUGACAUUCCAUAUCGAUGACAACAGCAUGACUUACAUCAAUUUGCAUUUGCUUGACAGAUGGCGUUAUCUUCAGUCUAUGCGUAUAGCUAAAAAUCCUUGGACGUGUCCCGUAAUGUUAGAGCUGAUCCGGUAUCUAGAACAGCGUAAGAUUUCCUACGAUGAAGACAAAGUAGAUGAAUCUCAAUGUUGGUCUACUACUACAGCAGCUCCGCCAACUGUUCCGACUGAUUCGCAAUUUUCACGCUGUAACGAAACGACGAAUCUUGUUUCAAAUCACUGUAUACAAGUCUCAAGGAAAGGAGAAUGCUCCAAGUACCAGGUUUCGGAACCAGAUCAAGUCAUUAAGCACAGAUGCACCUACGGUAACUUGGCUGUACUCGACCAAAUUCCAAGUGACGCGAAAUACAUUGAGCUUGAUGAUGUCUGCAUUCACCAUUUACCGCGGUGUGCUUUCUCGAGAUUCCAUAACCUCGUUAAGCUAGUAAUUCGUAACUGCAGACUCCACGUGGUCGAGCCCGGAGCUUUCGAUGGUCUCUUCAAACUCCAGGAACUGACGAUUCACAACAGUCAUCUGAAGAUCAUAGAGUCCUCCUGGUUCCACGGCCGUCUGGAUAGUCUGAGAAAGCUGUCCUUGACUGGAAACAAAAUCACGAAAAUCGAAAAUCGCGUCUUUUCGCUUUUACCGAAUUUACUGACAUUCCAUAUCGAUGACAACAGCAUGACUUACAUCAGUUUGGAUUUGCUUGGCAGCUGGCAUUAUCUUGAGUCCAUGCGUAUAGCUGGAAAUCCUUGGACGUGUCCCGUCAUGUUAGAGCUGAUCCGGUAUCUAAAACAGCUUCACAUUUCCUACGAUGCUGACAAAGUAAAUGAAUCUCCAUGUUUGUCUGCUACUACAGCAGCUCCGCCGAUUGUUACGAAUAAUCCGCAUUUUGCAGCUUGCAACAAAACGAAGGAUCCUGCUUCAAAUCACUGUAUACAAUUCUCAAGGAAAGGAGAAUGCACCAUCGACAAGGUUCCGGAACCAGAUCAAGUCAUUAAGCAUAAAUGCACCUACGGUAAUUUGACUGUACUCGACCAAAUUUCAAGUGACGCGAAAUACAUUGAGCUUGAUGACGUUUGCGUUCACUAUCUACCGCCGCGUGCUUUUUCGAAAUUCCAUAACCUCACUAAGCUUGUAAUUCGUAACUGCAAACUCCACGAGGUCGAUCCCAGAGCUUUCGAUGGUCUCUUCAACCUCCAGGAACUAACGAUUGACAACAAUCAGCUGGAGACGAUAAAUUCCUCCUGGUUCCGCGAUACGACCCAGCUCAGGAAUCUGACGUUGACUAACAAUUUUCUGACAGAAAUUCCAGUGGAUAUAUUUCCAGAACAGAUGAAAAGUCUUGAACAUUUGUCGCUCCAGGGGAAUAACUUGACCUGCGUUUAUACUAACAUGUUGACAAAUUUAAGUCGUCUGAAGAGUAUGGAGUUUGGAGAUAAUAAAUUAAAAUGGCGCUGCCGGACAGAAUUGGUGGAUUAUCUGGAUUUGUGUUAUGUGAAUUACACGAAGAUGUCAUAUAACAGCAAGACAUUCGUAAGGGAUGUAUUUGCAGACAAAUUAAGAGGUUCAAAUUUAUCGAGUACAAACGUAACGAGUUUCCUGAAGUUUCUUGCAAUUGGAUUGAUAUUUCUGGUACAAUGCUUUUAAUCAUUUUAUAUUUUUCGUCGACUCGUAAAAAUGCUGUUAACGGUCACUGCUGAAUUACGUAAAUCGUUCUUGGUCAACGUAAAAUUUUCAUUUUACUCAAUAAUACAGUUACUCGCGUAAGGUUUAUGCGAUCUUCAAAUGUACAUACUUUAAUUUCUCACAAAAUCAUAAUAUGUAGAUUAAGAUAUGGUUAAUAUAUGUUCUAGCUUUGAUCAUGAUAAUAAUAAAGGCAACUACACAAUUUUUCAAUGGAGAUGUACUAGUCGAAAUAUUCGAUAAACUCUUGAUUAGUCAAAAUUAUCAAAUGUGAGACUGUUUGCCAGUGAGGGCUCUGAUUAUUUAGACAUACGAUUCAUCCAACGGAGCUAUUAAGAUUCCUUAACAGUUUGAAGAUGCUAACGUCAUCGCGAUGUGCUGAUUUAGUAAUUUUCUUAAAUAACAGACUGAUCUAAGAAAAAUGUGUUUUGACGUACGACGUUAAGCGAUUUGAGAUUACGUUGAAUUGCGCUUUUUUAUUUAUUCUUGAAUGUUUCACUGCGGCAAAAGAAGCCACAGCGACAGUGGCGCCAGCUUGUCAGUGACUCGUGAACUAUUCUGUUACGUGUUCAUUCGUGUUCCGAUAAGCGGAUCGGCUACAAGUAUCAAACGAAAAGCAGUUUCAGAUUCGUAUAUAAUUUCUCUGUGUGUAGUUGGAUUAAAACUGGAUGAAUUAUACUUUUGAAAAGUUGUGCGAGGUGAAAUGAAUGUAAACGGAAGCGGUGUAGUUGGAGUUUGCGGAAAGAUAACAUUUUGUUAAACGUUGAUUUAUUUCUUCUUCCAUUUUUUUUACUGCCACGUCGACGUAUAUUUUGUAUUAGGCUGACAGACGGUAUUAAAAGAUGCCCAAGGGCGAUUGCUUCUUUUCUGCUACUUGUCUGAGCCUUGCGUGCCAUUCUUGUAAGCAUAGUCAAUGAACAAUUCGUCGCUACUUUAUAAAAUAGAGUUUAGGCCGUAGAAAUGAAGUAAUGUAUAGAAACAAAUGUCAAAUAUAAUCGAAAUUGAUAAUGUAGGUAUGUUUGACUGAAGUUUUAAAAACGCGCAAGGCCUGGCUAGCUCAGUCGGUAGAGCAUGAGACUCUUAAUCUCAGGGUCGUGGGUUCGAGCCCCACGUCGGGCGAGUUUAUUGUUUAAAUUUUUAACUUUUUGGGUAUUUAAACAAUUAGAGGAAACUUGUAAUACGAUUAUAUUUUCAACACCGUUGACAACCAAAACAACAUCAAAAAGAACUUCUUAUAUUUUUGUUCUCCAUUUAUGAAGAGAUUUGCAAAUAAAGCACGUAAGGACACUCAAAUUUGAUAAACAAACACAGACUCUACUUUAGGCUCGAAUCUACGAUCCAAGACAUUAAGAGUCUCAUUCGUGUACUAUCAUAUUUUUUUUGUAUAGCUACAAAGACGCCUGACUCAUAAUUCUUUUAAAAGUACUUCACAGUGAUAACGAUGAUUACCGUAUUAAUAAAAUUAAUGACAAUGAAUAAAUACUGUAUACAGGUCUUCUAACAAAAUUCUAUAUAUUAUCCUAUGACUAAUCUAUAGUAUACAAAAUCAUAUUCGACAAGGAAAAAAAAUAUAUUUCUUAGCAGAGCGUGGUUUCGAUCCACGGACCUCUGGGUUAUGGGCCCAGCACGCUUCCACUGCGCCACUCUGCUCUUGUGUAAUAUGUGCCUUGUAACACAGUUCAGUGUUCAUACAUUCUCUGUCACGAAAAUAAUUAUUAAAAUGACGUAAAACAUAUGAAAGUAACUAUAAGAGUAUAUAUACACGUCUGUUACGUACAAAAUAAUUUUCUAAAAGAUACGACUUACUAAAGAAAAAGCGAAAUUGAUCCACACUUAGUGCGUCAUCUAGAACUAUUCUGUAUAAAUUUCCAAUCUAAUUUCCAUAAGUCAUGUAAUUAUAAUAAACACAACAAUGACUGUGUAGUAUAGCCAAUUUUUUACAUUUUAUGUAUGUAUUUUUUUCAAUAUACGAGCGUAUUGAGCUACAGUGUCUGAUGAAAUAUGCUACAUUAUAUUUGUACAAUUGAACCGUAUUUUUGUUUGAACUUGUUACAGUAAAUUUUCUUAUGCCGCCUUCUUAUCUUUAUUAUAAUUGUGCACAAAAUCUAAUACAACUGAAAAGAAAUGUUAUUUGUGACAAUUUCGAUAGAGUGACAAUCAUGUGCAAGUGGCGCCAUCAUAUCAACUAGUAACUACUAUCCCUGUAUCUGCCUGUAUCCAUAAAUAUUGACGCCUUUUUAAAUAUCUGUAAAAAUAAGAUUACUGUACACAAAGAAAAGUGACUCUUGAAAAUAUAUUGUAAGAAGUUGGAUGAAAUAAACGUGGGCCCGAAAGUACACCCGAAAUAUUCAUUAA